AACUAAUCCGGCCAAUCACCAACACACACCAACAUCCAACAUGAAAUACUUCAUUGUCCUCGCUUUCGUAGUAGCAGCCGUCGCUGGAGCUCCAGUCGAAGAGGAGCCCAAGACCAAGGACAAGCGUGGUAUCUUCGCCGCUGCCCCACUGCUCCACUCAGCACCGAUCGCUUUGCCCGCAGUGCACUCAGCUCCGUACGCUCUGCCCGCUGUCCACUCAGCACCCAUCUAUUCUGCACCGAUCGCUCACGCUCUGCCAGCACCGAUCAUAUCCCACGCUCCACUGGCAUUACCUGCCUUCCAUUCCGCACCGAUCGCGCUUCCAGCUCUUCACGCUCCUCUCACUCUGCCAUCCUACAGUCUGGGUCAUGGUCUUGCCUACGGAGGAUACCUCCAUUAAGAAAUGGGACUAAAAUUAAUUAAUAAGCCAAUUCUAAUUUAUGUUUUUAUUUUAUAAAUUAAUAUAAUUUUUAAUAUUAAAACUAAAGAA